AAUUCAGUUUUCUGUGGAAAGAGCAAUUUUCGAAUUUUAUUUAUAUUAUUAAGUUUUUCUAUAUAAAUGGUUUAUUAACAGAUAAUUGUUAUGUUUACGAACACAAUAAACAUGAUUAUACGCGGUCGCUUCUGUAGGCGAGUGAUUAUUUUGAUACUUAUUUUUCUAGCGUCGUUCUAUGGAACGGUAUUAUUUUACGGCGACUUGAAAAUCCCGAGAGUUAUGCGGUUGACGGACUUGAGGCGUUGCCCAGCUUGCUAUGGAGUGACCGUCUGUCCAGAAUUAUAUUCCAACCAGAUUAUACCUGAUAAAAAUGAUUGGACGAAUAUGUUGUUCAAUGCUAAAAACAUUUACUAUGGAUACACGAAAUCUAACAGAAGGAUUGUUCUGAAGAAGUUGGCACACGACUGGGAAUUCAGUGAGUUUGAUAACAAGUUGUGCAAAGCUUGGAAGCUGAAUAAGAACUGCCAUCCAAUAGACUUGCUCAAUGUCACUGGUGUUGAGAAAAAACUUGAACAAUUAGUGCACUUUAACUUGACAGUACCACAGGUGGAGCCUCGAAAGGGUCUCGUCUUCUGCCCGUAUUCAUUUGGUAUCCACGAUUUCAUAGAACCAGCCCUGAACAAUAAGAAAACUAGUAGGAACUAUCAAUCGGACAUGAUUAAUAUUUGGACUAUGUUAAGUAUAAAUCCAGAGCCUAUUGUACUCCAGGUCAUCCCGAAAUCUAAAGGUUGGCAAGUCCCUGCGUACGGUGGAGUUUGUGGGAGGCUAGAGAUUGUGGCUUAUGAAGGACAGCCUUUAAGUGUGCUAGGGAACAUACACUGGCACAGGAAACUGAUCAUUGCUAAACGUUUGCUGGAUGCUGCUAUGGAUUUCACUUACAAACAUGACCGAUUCCGCUUCUAUCUGAUGGACUGGUCUACAGACAACAUCGUAGUGAACGAAAAGGAUGAAAUCACAUUUGUGGAUUUAGAAGAUGUAAUAGUUUUAGACAAGCACAUAUCACCUAAAUCGGAUCUCCCUGACUGGUACAAAAGGUACUUCAGAGACGAUAAUGAUCCAGCGAAUGUGUUUUCUAUUGAAAACAUGUGUAAACAUCACCUUAGUGAUCACAAUAUAUACGCAGCAUGCCAUACUUUGGGUGGAGAUAAUGAACCAUUCCUACAUCCGGUUCCAGUAGAUUUCCAACACUGGGCCCAACUGUCUACUUUACUUCGUGAUUGUUUAAAAGGUACAGACAGAUUCAAAACAGUGGUGUUGCUACAGCGAUAUAUAGCUGAAUUACUUACGAAAGGGAGUGUUGUAGGAAUUGGAUCUGUUAGAUGAUAUUAAACUGUAAAUCAUGUUUUCAAAGAUUAUUUGAAAUAUUUUCGAUGUAGGAAAUGUAGUUUAUUAACUAUUAUUAUGCAAAUUAAUAUGAAAAGUUGAUUCAAUGUGUAAGGCCGCAUCCCCACUAUAUCACGCGUGACGACAUAUUAUCGCGUCGUUUAAAGCGCCAAUGUCGUGGCUUGUAUACAGGGUGUUAGUAACAUCGUAACAAAUACUAUAUAACUAUAAUUAUUUUCAGUUUCAUACUUUUACGACGGAACAUUCCACUUGAUUCAGAAUGGCCUCAAUCAUCCCCCAAAAUCUAUGUUACGAUGUCACUAACACCCUAUAUUUAAAUGAAAGUCAUUUCAUUUCAUUUAUUUAUUUGCAUCAUGUACAUUAUAAAAAGGUCUUAAAGUUAAUAAUAGUAUUAGUACAUAACCCUUAUAGGGCAUCGCAAAUUGACAUCGUAAUUGUAUAAGUAUUCAUAACAAAAUAAUAAUAAUAAAUAACGAGAGAAAUGUCAUUAUACUAGCAUGCACAAUUAAUUAUUUAUAGCAUUGUUAAUAUAAAAGAUGUCAAGUAAAAACAAUAAUUUUAAUUAAAAUAAUAAAUAAGAAGGUCAAGUAUGCAAGUCACGAUCACAUAAAAAAUCGUUUAUGUUAUAAUAACAUUUAUCCCGCAAUAAGGAUUUCAAUUGAUGGCGGAAAGAAGAUUCGUUGAUGGCCGCUUUAAUGAUAUUUGGAAUUUUAUUAUAAAUUUUGAUAGCUGUAUAAUGCGGUCCAUUCCUGACCAAUUCAACAUUUGUUUUUGGUAACUCUAGUAGAUUCACCCGACGAGCCCUCGUGCAGUGCUUAAAAUCCUGGAUAUUUUUCCUAAUGAACAUCGCUGCUUCGAGAAUAAAAAUACAAGGGAAUGUAAGGAUUUUUUCUUUUUGAAAGAACGGUCUACAACUUUCUCUUGGCGGUAUACUAAAUAAUAUUCGUAUGCACUUUUUUUGUAAGACAAAUACUCCAUGCGCAUCUGUACUAUUACCCCAUAACAAAAUUCCAUAUCUCAACCACGCGUGAGUAUAAGCGUAGUACGCGGCAAGUUGUGCUUCGCGGUGAGUGUUGGAUUUGAGUAUUGAUAGCGCAUACGUGAAUUGUGAUAAUUUUGUUUUUACCUUUUGUACGUGAUUUUUCCAUUGUAAAUGUGUGUCCACUGUAAUCCCCAAUAAAUCAUAUACAUCUGUUUCCUCAAUGCCCAAUGAAUUAAAUAUUGGUUUUAAGUCUAAACAUUUUUUCUGUCUUGGCCUAAAUUGUAUAAUUUUUGUUUUAUUUAAAUUAACCUGUAAAUUGUGUUCAGCUAACCAAUUUUUAACUAACCCAAAUGUUUCAAUUACCGUAUCUUGGCUCUCAUCCCCAUCCUUACAUUUAAAUAGCAGUGAUACGUCAUCCGCGUAUAGUACGCAAGGAGAAUUUAAUAAAUAAGGUAAUUCAUUUAUAUAAAUGAUGAACAAAAUACAACCGAUUACAGUUCCCUGUGGAAUGGACCAGUUAGUACAUUCAGUGUCGGACAGUACUGUUUGAAUUUCAUUAGUUUUUGCAUUAUAGGCAUCAAUUUCAACGUAUUGUUUCCUGUUUUUAAGAUAUGACUGGAACCAUGUAUGCGCUUUUCCACGAAUACCUAUGUCAUAUAAUUUCGAUAAUAGUAUACUGUGUGAUACUUUGUCGUAUGCUUUAGUCAUAUCCAGCAGAAUGCUGAUGGCGUAUGAUUUUUCCUGUAUACAGUUAAGUGUUUCCUGGAUAAACUUGAUUACGGCGAGUGUUGUCGAGCGUUUUUUCCGAAAACCAUAUUGAUUGACGUUAAGAAGAUGAUAUUUUUCUAAAAAAUUAUAUACUCGCAUCGUCAUUGCCUUUUCAAAAAUUUUUGAGAAUACCGGAAGUAGUGCUAUUGGCCUGUAAUGACUAACAUUGUCUUUUUUACCACCUUUUUUAAAUAUUGGCCUUAUUUUUGCAACUUUUAGAGCUUCCGGAAAGCGUUCUUCAUCAAAUGAUCUAUUUAUAAGAAAUGUUAUAGGCCAUGUCAGUUCAUCAAUACAAAAUUUAACUAAAGCAUUCGGUAUUUCGUCAAUUCCAGAACUAUUUUUGUUUGGGAGCCUCAAAAUAAUUUUAUGUACUUCGUUUUCGUUUGCUGGUAAAAGAUAGAAGGAGUUAGUGGCUAAAGAAGCGGCAGGCUUGAAAGUAGGGCAGUGAGCUAGUACUGAUGUACCUGUCGCUAGCAACGGUUUACCUACUGAAGCAAAAUAGUUAUUGAACGCGUUUGCUACGUCUAAGGGACGUUCAAUUACUAUGCCAGAUUCUGUUGUCAAUUUUAUUUCGGUCUGGUAUGGGCUAGAUUUACUUUUAGUUAUGUUGUUUAUUAACUUCCACAUGACCUUAGUUUUGUUAUUUGAUGUUCGCAUGAUUUUAGUAUAAUUAUCUAUUUUAGAAGUUUUCACACAUUUCUUCAGUAUGGAUUUGUAGUUAUUAUAGUAUGAUUUCAAAAUUUUGCUUUUUGUUUGGCUUACUAAUAUGUUUAGAAGUCUUUUAUUCCUGCAUGAAUUCCUUAAACCUUUUGUAAGCCAUGUAGUUUUAUUUUUUGAUUUUAAUUGUACGCGUUUUCUUGGUAUUGUUUUAUCUAGUAUGCUUCGAAGUAUAGUUGUAAAUAUAUCAUAAUUUUCGUUUAUAUUAUAGUUAGUUGAUAAUGUAUUACUCCAAUUUAUUUUCCCUAAUUCUGUUUUAAAUAGCAAUAAAUUUUGAUCGGUAAAAAAUCUUUUGCGUAUGCUAAUAUUUUUUGGCAAUAAUGUGUUUUUAUUUGUAGAAAAUGCAUAUCUCAAGCUUUUAUGGUCUGAGAUUCCCUUAUCGCUGACUUCUACUAUAGGAUCCUUCUUGUUCGUAAAUAUUAGGUCUAUACUAGAUGUUGUUUUUUCGGUAACCCUUGUGGGGUCUUUAAUGAUUUGGUGUAAGUUACAUUUCAGAAAAACAUCACACAUUCUAUUAUACCAUUUGCGCUUCUUUCCACAAUCAAUAUUGAAAUCACCCGCAACAACAAUAUGUCUAUUAACCUUGCAUCUUCUUAUUUUAUCCAUCAAUUUUUCAAUUAUAUUAAAGAAAAUGUCGAUGCCUCGAUCCAAUCUAUGUAUGCAUAUAAUUAUAAGAUUAUGCGCCGGUAUUUCUACGCCACAACACUCAGUAACACAUUCCACAGAUAGUUUCUCAACAUCUUUCAGUUCCUUAAAAGUUAUUUCUUAUCUCAAAGAGUGUUCACAUUUAGGACGACACGAUUUACUGUUUGUUGUAUAAAAAAAUCGUCACGACGACAUUGUGGGAACGCGCUCUAAGGGUUAUAGCGCAUCUCUCCAUAACGGAAUUACGGCGAAGACGCCGAAAUAGAUAUAAAAUUUAACACUAUCUCAAAGAGUCUUAAGGAAUUAUGUGUGAUUUAUAACUAUUUAGACCUAGAAAGACCUACAUUGAUCAAAUUGGAGAUGUUCUUAGUAAAGGUUCAGUAUGAUCUACUUUGUCCGGUAUGCGUGUAUGAAACGAUCGAUGAAUGCCGAGGAAGCCAGAGAAGUGUGUUAGGAUGGUCACUAGUCUCUGCUUACCCCGAUGGGAAAUAGGCGUGAGUUUAUGUAGGUUAUAAUUAUUUUUUAUUUUUGAAGCUGACUUCUGGUGGUUGUGUAAUGAAUCUCCUGCAUUUAUUUGACUGUGAUAUAAUAAAUUUUAAGUCUUAAAAAUCCAUGAAUGAAGAUUAUUGUAAAUCACGACAAAAAAAAUUGGUCUUUGAAUUUUUAAACUAUAUUAAUUUUACGAAUAUAAAAUGUAUAAUUGCAAUGCUUUUUGAACAUGCAUUUUAAGGAAUUUAAGAUAGUUAAUAAAGA